AUGAGCACCUUUCAGCCAUUUCAAUGUGACGAAUGUGGCAGAAGCUUUGGACGAGGUGACGUCCUUGGCCGACACAAGAGGCUCCAUGCCCGUUCUCGAGCAAAUGCCCCCUCAGAUGCAGCACCAUCAGUAGGCGGCGCAAAUGAGGGCAAUUUACCCAGUCCCAAAGAAUCUGCACUGAGUCUUCUGGGCAUGUCUUCCUUCGAGCAAUCUCCAUUGUCCGGGAACCAGCAACUGCUCAGCUCCGACAACUUACUGGACUGGUUUAUGCCUGACUUUUGGGGCCCACCGGCCAUCCCGCUACCAUUUACAGACCCUCUAAAUCAACCGCAUCCGCAGAUAUCCAAUGGCCCCAACCUCCUAUCCGCUCAGUACCCGGGAGCUUCUCAACAAGAACCUGGAAAGAUAGCCAUGCAGCAAAGUUAUAGAUUGAUAGAAGAUCUGUCGAAACGUCUGAACACGGAAUUGCAUAGCUCCGGAAUUACAUCCGCCUUCCUCGACGCAUGCUUGCAGCAAUUCUUCGAGUGGCUUUCCCCAUGCUUUCCGGUCAUACACGAACCGACAUUUUCAACACGUGAAACCAUCCCACCGCUUCUGCUAAACAUGGUAGCCCUCGGUUCUCUCUUUGUAUGCCAGCCAGACUCAUCUCAAAAAGGAGAGAUGCUCUGGCGCCUGGGCCAUACCGCGGUAGCAACCUCCUGGCAAACACUUAGUAGCCUGCGGGGGCCGCGAGAUGCCUGCGAUGGGGUCCAAUUGGUCAUGACGGCGCUUUUGGGGCAGCUAUUUGCCCUACUAUCGAGCAAUGAAGGCAUACGAACGACAGCAUUUGUAUGGCAUGGACUUGGCUUCUACUGGGCGCGCACAUCUGGCAUGUAUGCCGCCGAAGGUAUGCAACAAUACGAUAUUCCAGGACGAGAUGCUCCAGCCUCGACAAAGCACGCAGCAUGGUUGACAUGGGCGGCCAUUGAAACCAAACGACGCGCAAUCCUAGGCCACUAUAUACUCGACGGCCUCAUCUCACAAGCUUCCGGUUCCCCGGCCAGCACUCGUCACCUGAUAAAUUCCAUCAGAACCGCAUGCCCUGACUCAGCCUUCCUCGCAAAGACCGCAGACGACUGGAUCGUCGAAAUGGAAAGGUCAAGUCUAACUCAAUGUCCCUUCAGCGAAGUCUUUGUCUCCUUCUUCUCACCAGAAUCCCCGAAUUUCUCCCCACCACGUCUCUCAAUCUUCUCAACCCUUGUCACCAUAGAGGGUCUGCAGUCCCUCAUAUCCGACCUCCACGAAACCAACGGACCGGUAUUUGGCGCAAUUUCAGAAAGGCAAAUCAUCCAAGCGUUGUUGAAUAUCUACGACACAAAUAUCAGUAAGGGAGCAGCCAUCCAUGACAGCAAUCUUCAACUCACCCUCCGCUGGCACACCAUUUGUCUUGAACUAGCAGUUUCCUCUGCUUCCCUAUGUCAAAGGAUAUGCCACGCAUAUGGUUUACGGCAGCCCCUUGGAGGAAUGGCUACCAAAGAAGAUCAACUGUCAUUUGAUCUGAACCAGUGGGCUAGAAGUGCUGGUGCUGUGAGGGCAGUUCUACAUGCUUUUGCUAUUACUCGAAUCGUCAGUCAGAUUCCGUUCAGGUUAGCUCAUGCGCCUCAUAUCCCGGCUGCUAUAUUUGCGUCGGCAGUUGUGAUGGGUGGGUGGUGUUUAGCCCGCGAAGAGACGAUCCACGUUGGAUUAGAUACACCAUGGCAUGACAUUUGGCGUGAGGGGCAUGACAUUGAUCAGUACCUCCGACAACAAGAUACUGACGGGACCAAAGUCCAUCUGCUCAACGAAAUGAACUUUCUCCAGAUCAGUCUUCAAACUCUCACAUCGCGCUGGAGCGUGUCUCGUCCAAUGGCGGAAACAAUUCAACAAAUAGCCACCUUGGCUCGACAAUAUCAUUGA